GUUACUGACUGCGCGCGCACCCGUCGCCAUUUUUCUCGGUCCUAUCGCAGCUGUUGGCGUCUUUCUUGUCCGCGGUUGUACUCCGGAGCGAAGUGAGAGUCAUGCCGGCGGGGCCCGUCCAGGUGAUGGCUCCGGCCCAAGCCACGCCGCCCGAGGCCAAACAGCCAGAAGAUGAGCCGAAAGAGGAGGCAGUGCCCGCCAAGCCGGUGGUGGGCAUCAUCUACCCUCCGCCAGAGGUCAGAAACAUUGUGGACAAGACAGCCAGCUUUGUGGCCAGGAAUGGCCCAGAGUUUGAGGCCCGCAUCCGCCAGAACGAGAUCAACAAUCCCAAGUUCAACUUCCUGAACCCCAACGACCCCUACCAUGCCUACUACCGCCACAAAGUCAAUGAGUUCAAGGAAGGGAAGGCCCAGGAGCCCUCGGCCGCCAUCCCCAAAGUCAUGCAGGCCCAGCAGAGUGCCCAGCAGCAGCUGCCCCAGAAGCUCCAGGUCCAAGUCAUCCAGGAGACAGUGGUGCCCAAGGAGCCUCCACCGGAGUUCGAGUUCAUCGCCGACCCACCCUCCAUCUCGGCCUUCGACCUGGACGUGGUCAAGCUGACCGCUCAGUUUGUGGCCCGCAACGGCAGGCAGUUCCUCACCCAGUUGAUGCAGAAGGAGCAGAGGAACUACCAGUUUGACUUCCUCCGGCCCCAGCACAGCCUCUUCAACUACUUCACCAAACUGGUGGAGCAGUACACCAAGAUCCUGAUCCCGCCCAAGGGCCUGAUCAUCAAGCUGAAGAAGGAGGCGGAGAACCCCAAAGAGGUGCUGGACCAGGCCUGCUACCGAGUGGAGUGGGCCAAGUUCCAGGAGCGAGAGCGGAAGAAGGAGGAGGAGGAGAAGGAGCGCGAGAGAGUGGCCUAUGCCCAGAUUGACUGGCACGACUUUGUCGUUGUGGAGACCGUGGACUUCCAGCCCUCGGAGCAAGGGAACUUCCCACCUCCGACGACCCCGGAGGAGCUAGGGGCCCGGAUCCUGAUCCAGGAGCGGUACGAGAAGUUUGGGGAGAGUGAGGAGGUGGAGAUGGAGGUGGAGUCGGAUGAGGAGGAAGGGGGCGAGAAGCCAGAGAAGGGCCCCCAGGAGGCACCCGCUCCCCCUGAUCAGGACACUCAGGUCCAGGACAUGGACGAGGGCUCUGACGAUGAAGAUGAGGGCCAGAAGGUGCCUCUCCCUCCGGAAGCUCCAAUGCCGCCGCCUCUGCCUCCGACCCCCGACCAGGUCAUUGUCAGGAAGGAUUAUGACCCGAAAGCCUCCAAGCCUCUGCCCCCAGCACCGGCUGCGGAUGAGUACCUUGUGUCCCCCAUCACUGGGGAGAAGAUCCCUGCCAGCAAGAUGCAGGAGCACAUGCGGAUUGGGCUGCUGGACCCCCGCUGGCUGGAGCAGAGGGACCGCUCCCUCCGAGAGAAGCAGACCGACGAUGAGGUCUAUGCCCCAGGCCUAGACAUUGAGAGCAGCUUGAAGCAGCUGGCUGAGCGCCGUACUGACAUUUUUGGUGUGGAGGAGACCGCCAUUGGGAAGAAGAUCGGGGAAGAGGAGAUCCAGAAGCCGGAGGAGAAGGUGACGUGGGACGGCCACUCGGGGAGCAUGGCACGGACACAGCAGGCAGCCCAGGCGAACAUCACCCUCCAGGAGCAGAUCGAGGCCAUCCACAAGGCCAAGGGGCUGGUGCCUGAGGAUGACAGCAAGGAGAAGAUCGGGCCCAGCAAGCCCAGCGAGAUGGCCCCUCCGGCCCAGCCCCCCCUGCCCCAGGCCCAGCCCCACCCCCACCCGCUGGGGCCCCCCACCUCCGCCCCCAGCCUCCUCGCCACUGGCGGGCCCCCCAUCUCAGCUGUGCCACGGCCCCCUGCGAUGCCACCCCCCAUGCGGACGACAGUGGUGAGCGCAGUGCCGGUGAUGCCCCGGCCCCCAAUGGCCUCGGUGGUACGGCUGCCCCCAGGCUCUGUGAUCGCAGCCUCCAUGCCCCCAAUCCUCCACGCCCCCCGGAUCAACGUGGUGCCCAUGCCUCCCUCUGCACCCCCCAUCAUGGCCCCACGGCCUCCGCCCAUGAUUGUGCCCACAGGAUACAGACAGGGACCGGUCAGCAGCCCAGCAUUUGUCCCAGCUCCCCCUGUGGCCCCCGUCAGUGCUCCAGCCCCGAUGCCCCCGGUUCAUCCUCCUCCGCCCAUGGAAGACGAACCAGCCUCCAAGAAGCUCAAGUCGGAGGACAACCUGAUGCCCGAGGAGGAGUUCCUGCGCAGGAACAAGGGCCCUGUCACAGUCAAGGUCCAGGUCCCCAACAUGCAGGACAAGACGGAAUGGAAGCUGAAUGGCCAGGUGCUGGUCUUCACCCUCCCACUCUCAGACCAGGUCUCUGUCAUUAAAGUCAAGAUUCAUGAAGCCACUGGGAUGCCGGCUGGGAAGCAGAAGCUCCAGUUUGAGGGCAUUUUCAUCAAGGAUUCAAACUCACUGGCUUAUUACAACAUGAGCAGCGGAUCGGUGAUCCACUUGGCCCUCAAGGAAAGAGGCGGCAGGAAGAAAUAAAUAAAGCAAUGAGGGAAAGCCAUCCAGAUAGCCAGUGAGGAAUAGGACCCCAUUUCUCAACUGAAACGUGUCCCACUAUAUUCCCAUCGCAAUCUCAGUGUGUUGGCUUCUUUCCUAUUUUUCCCCUGUAGCUUGUUUCCUAGCUCUCCUCCAUGUUUUUCCUCAGUUUAGAUAGAAAUACUAUUAUCAUACAAACUGAAACAUUUUAGUGAAUGUCACAUGUAGAAUUUGACUCUUAUAAUAAAAAUAGCUUUUCGGUGUUGAAA